AAAGAAACGAGCGGUAUUCUGUAUGAUUUAUGUGUUGAAUGUGUCGAUAACAAUAAUGCAUCGUUUGAUCUCGACAAUUUCAAUGAGGAAAUUAUGUAUCCAAAUUUUACGUCACCUCGUGGAUUGGCAUUAAUCAUAAACAAUCGUUACUUUCAAACGAUGCCCGAACGACUCGGAACCGAUGUAGACGAGAGUAAUUUUAGCCGUUUGCUUCAACAACUCGGCUAUUCGGUUACCGUCUAUAGAAAUCUUUGCUCAAAGGAAAUGAUGUCUCGUUUACAAAUAUUCUCAAAGAAUCCGCAUCAUGCAACGGUGCAUUCCUGUGUGGUUUGUGUGCUAACACACGGUGAGCACGGAGAAGUGUACGGUGUUGACGACCAGCCUGUAUCAGUGCAGCAUAUGGUUUCGAUGCUGAACGCUGCAACACGGGUGCUCGCUGUUGUAUUUGGCUGUUUUUUCGUUUGUUGGACACCAUUUUUUGCCGCAAAUUUCGCAUUGGGCUUUUGCGGUAAUCGAUGUGCGGCACCGCCGAGUGUAGCCUCAUUAUUUUUAUGGCUUGGUUAUGUUUCGAGCACAAUCAAUCCCUUAAUUUAUACUAUAUUCAACAGGUCGAAUGUGGAGCGAACAGCAGCAAUAGGGAUACUUCGAAAUGGGGAGCAUUGUAGUACGAAUACGAGUAGUACCAGAACGAAUCUUAGACGUGAUCCUAAAAAUCCACUUCACAGAUGUGUCAAUAUCUUAGUUUCUCCGGUGGAUACUGCGGAUGGUAACAACAACCGAAGAGCACGUGUAUUGUUUGAGGAUAGCAGUGAACUUGACCAAAAUUGCGCAUUAACGCAUUAUCAAACAAGUCAACAUUUACCCAUUACUUUCGAAGCAUCGAAAACAUUCUCCAUGGAAGAACUAAGUGAACUGGCGAAAAAUGUCGAUAAAACAAUGUCAACAUCUCAGUCAGUAUCACUGCUCAACUGCGCUGCACCCAACGAUAAUUCGAAUCACAUAAGCGAUCACUCGUCACCAAGUCGUCAGUGUCAUUCGGCAGCAGUUCCAUUUGACGAGUCAAUUUUCGUUGAUUCGAUGCGUGAAACAUUCUUAUGA